UGUCUGUUUGUGUGUUCGAUUUGAUCACUGUUCUUUGACGAGCACAAAAGUCGUUGAAUGUUCUGCUGACGCUGUCUGCAGCUGAUCGUCGCCCUGUUCGUGGGUUGGAAAAGAAGCAGCACAAGAAGAAGAGCCGGGUCGGCCUGUUGCGGGAGUUGUCGCUUUGGACCAUGCCCGUGUCGUGAAACCAACAUUAGAAGGGCUCACGGAGUGCGGAUUUCAGGAGCUUGAGCUCGUGCCCAAGAGUGUCGGUCGGUUGAGUGCGGAGAAUUUGAAAGUGUGGGUAGAGUGCACUGUGGAUAGAGCUCUCAAAGUGUUUUGGAGGGGGCGUGAAGGGAAAGAUAUGCUGAGAGUUUUCUCGACGCGCUGCGUUUUGCUUGCGAACAAACAGGUUUCGAGCAGCAGAUCAACUUCCACGCCGGGGAGGCUAGGCUUUCGGGUAGUUUGAUCGGGUCAUAUGUGUCCGGGGUUUUUGGAAGUCGGAUGUAGUCGACUUGAUAUUCGUUGCGGAUGAUUUGGGAAGGAUUCCGUUGUGCUCAGUGGAAUAAGAUCAGGAACUUGGCUGGUUAUGCAGGGCGUUGUGGGCUUGGAAGGUGCAAGGAUCGCAUGAAAGCUGAUUGAUACUGAGACACGAUGGGCGCAACACGAAAGUUGCAAGGAGAAAUUGAUAGGGUUUUGAAGAAAGUUCAAGAAGGCGUGGACGUCUUCGACAGCAUUUGGAACAAGGUCUACGAUACUGAAAAUGCAAAUCAGAAGGAAAAGUUCGAAGCCGAUCUUAAGAAAGAGAUCAAGAAACUUCAGCGCUACCGAGAUCAAAUUAAAACAUGGAUACAGUCCAGCGAGAUAAAAGACAAGAAGGUUGCUGCAUCUUAUGAGCAGGCGCUGUUAGACGCCCGAAAGCUCAUCGAACGCGAGAUGGAGCGGUUUAAAGUUUGUGAAAAAGAAACCAAAACCAAAGCGUUUUCUAAAGAAGGGUUGGGACAACAACCAAAAACAGAUCCAAGGGAGAAGGCUAAAGGAGAAUCAAGAGAUUGGCUAAACAACAUGGUUAGUGAUCUGGAGUCUCAGAUAGACUCGUUUGAAGCAGAAAUGGAGGGGCUCUCUGUAAAGAAGGGAAAGUCACGUCCUCCUCGACUGACUCAUUUGGAGGAAUCGAUAAUCCGUCAUAAAGCGCAUAUAAUGAAGCUAGAGUUGAUCCUUCGUCUCUUGGACAACGACGAGCUAAGUCCCGACGAGGUCAAUGACGUGAGAGACUUUGUUGAAGACUAUGUUGAGCGCAAUCAGGACGACUUUGAUGAUUUCGCCAGCGUUGAUGAUUUAUAUCAAUCAUUACCACUUGAUAAGAUGGAAGCUCUGGAUACAAUGGAUGCUAUUCCAGCAAUUUUACCAGCAGUGGUGGUGAAAGAAAAGGUUGCAGCAGGUGCUCCACUUUUGGGAUUGGCUCCUUCUGUUCAGGGUUCUGAAGAAGGCGUUUUGCAAGACCUCCUAAUAGACAGUGGAGCACAGACUCCUGCAGCCGUUCUCUCUCCUACUGCUCAUCCGCCUGCCGUUUCUGCUGCUGUUCCUGUUCCUGUGGAAGGUCCCGUUACUGGGAUGGUGGGAGGAACUUCUGUCCUCUCCCGAAGCUUGACGAGUACUUCGGCCGUUGGUUUGCUGCCAGCAACGAAGGGUUUGGCUAAGGUUCCAAAUGCACCAGCGCAACCAUCUGUUACUGUUAGUAUUGUGAAUAGGCCUAAAGAGGAGGAUGUAGGCAGCAUGGCUGGGCGUAGGCUUGGACCUUCCAUCUCAGAUGGAGGAUUAGUGAGACCAGGUGCUGUUGGAACAGGUAGUGGAGCAGUUGGUCUGGGAGUGCAACCUUCAGUACGGGGGCCAUUAAGUCUAGGUGGAGGUACUGGUCUUGUUGGUGGAUCCGGUGUAAGUGUAGUGCCGAUUGCAUCAGAUAGUAGUAAGAGGACAGGACUUGUCGGGGAGGAUAGAGUGGGUCUUUCUCAACAGCUGGCCAUGGCACAGCAAAAUAGAAUGUUCGCAGGAGGGAAACUGGUUGAUGCAAGUAGUUCGGGUGAAGCAACGGGAAUAAAUGAUGGGGCUAGCCGAGUCUUCAGUCCUCCUCUUAGUUCCACUGGACAGUGGAGGCCACAUUCUCAUGGGUCACAAAGUCAAGGAGAACCAGGACAAUACAUGUAUGGCGGAAAUACAGGAGUUGCCCCUGACUUGAAACAAAAGUUUCUCCAACGCUUACAGCAAGUUCAACAGCAAAAUCACAGUGCUGCACUAUUGAAUCCAACUUCUGCCCCGAAGCAGCAGGUGCUGCUAUCUCCGCAGCAGCAAAACAGCCUUUUGCAGCAGGCACAAAUGCUUCACCAACAACAACAGCAGACACCUCUUGUACAGCCAUUUCAAUCAGCAGCUAUUCAGCAGCAACAACAGCAGCAAGUAUCUCUGGCUAAGUCAGCCUCUGUCCAACUUCUCUCUUCUGCUAGUUCACAAGCCCAGCAACAAUCUUCUUUGACUCACUCAACCUCCCAGCAGCAGCUAUCUCAGAACUCUCUGUCAAUGGCAGGAUCUUCUAGUGAAAACGUGUUACGUAGAGAUUUGGACCAACAGGCACAGUUGACGGAAGACAAUGCAGUUGAUACAUCUUCCUUGAGUGCAGCAUUCGCAAAUAGUGUAUCUUUGAUGAGUGAAGACGAUUUGAAGAAUCACGACACGUUUGACGUGCCUGUCGGAGGGCCUGGAACGCUGGCCGAGUUUAGUGCACUUCCACGUGAUGCAGACUUCUCGCCCCGUCAAGUGGCAGGUCCUCAGUCUUCAUCAGGGCCAGGGGUGAUAGGUCGAAGAGACAACUUGGGAGCAAUUGGAGAUAAUCUCAUGACCACGAUAUUGAGUUCGAAUGCUGCCAUGCAUGAUCAACAGUAUAACAAAGAUGCUCUUGCUUCCGCUUAUCAAAAUAUACCGCUACCAGCUGAUUCGGAACGUCCGAAAAGCUAUGUACCUAAACACCCAGCAAUCGCUCCUUCUAGUUAUCCUCAAGUACCGGUUCCAAUUAUUGACAACCCUGCUCUUUGGGAGCAUUUGGAUACAGAGAUUCUAUUUUUUGCGUUUUACUUCCAGCAGGGCACAUAUCAGCAAUAUAUGGCCGCACGAGAGCUGAAGAAGCAAUCGUGGAGGUAUCACAAAAAGUACAACACAUGGUUUCAAAGACAUGAAGAGCCAAAAAUCACUACAGAUGAGUACGAGCAGGGUACUUAUGUGUACUUUGAUUUCCACAUUGUACAUGAUGAUCAUCAACAAGGCUGGUGUCAAAGGAUCAAGACAGAGUUCACAUUUGAGUACAGUUAUCUUGAAGAUGAGCUCAUCGUUUAAGUAAACAUCAUGGGUAAGUAUACCAGCCUUGUUGUAAACACAAUUGACGCUUUGAUGUAUACAUUCAAAGUACUUCCUGAAGUCUGCAGCAAUAUGUGAAUGGGAACCGAGAAAACUAUGAUCAGUUCAACCUUAGAUAGGUGGUGAGGAAUAUUUUUGUAACUUUUGAGAUCAUUUGAAUCAUUCUUAAUAUCGAGCCACUCUUUUUGC